UAAUUCCGCUGUAUAUGAAAACUUACAUAUGUUUACUCGAAGAAUGCAGACGAUGAACUAGUACCCGAUAUACUCAUGAGGUAUUUAUGAUUGGGUGUCUUUCUUUCAACUUUCGAAGUGUUAGCAUCAAUCGUAAAAGACAAUGGUUGUGGAGGUGAUACUAUUGUGAAAAAAGUGUCCCCAACACUGACGAAUGUUAAAAUUUCAAUUUCGCAUAUUGAUUACGUGGGCAAAGUAAAUAUACAAUAAUAACGCAACCUAUAAAUGUGACCACAAGAGUGUAAAAAUUUUAAUUAGGCGAUAAUGGGUAACUAGUAUUCUGUGUGGCUCCUCAGUCCUCAACUUCAUUCAUUCGUGCUGUGGUCACUGCUGAAGACAGACAAAGGCAGAAGAGACUCGUAAAAAUUUGUGAAUCAACCCAAAGUGUCUCUCAAAAGUGUUUUUCAGUGCCCCCCAAAAAAGAAGGAUUUUUCAGUGAAAUGGAAAAUCAUUUGAUAAAGUUGGAGGAGUUUUUUAGUGGGAAGGGAGUUUUUAUUACUGGUGGAACGGGAUUUUUGGGGACUGGGCUGAUGGAAGCAUUGCUGGGAGUGAGUCCUAAUAUUGGGAAUAUUUAUGUGCUGGUGCGUGAGAAACGGGGAAUGACUCCUGCUGAGCGCUUCAAAAAGAUCUUUUCCAAGGAGAAUUUCAGACAUCAUUCCGAGGAAACACUCAAGAAAGUCAUUCCAAUUACUGGAGAUCUUACCAGUGAAGAUUUUGGGUUAGCGCCAGAGAUUCUGGCAGAAAUUGUAGAGAAUGUGAAUAUCAUCUAUCACAGUGCUGGACUGAUUAAAUUCAAUCGUCCCUUGAAGAUGGCUAUUGAGUUAAAUGUCGUGAGCACCCUGAGAAAUAUUCAUCUGGCUAAGAAGCUAAAGAAACUCUCGGCUUUCGUGUAUGUGUCCACAGCUCUGGCCAAUAUUAAUGUCAAGGGACAAAUUGAGGAAAAAGUCUACUGGCCAGGACGUGAUCCUCGUGAAUUGAUUAAAUUAGCUGCAGCAGACCUACUUCCAACCAGUGAAAGUGAUCCCGAAUUUUUAGAAAUUGUCGGAAGACAUGAGAAUUCUUACACAUUCUCAAAGCAAGUGGCUGAAAAUUUGAUACAGCAAGAAAUGGGAUUUCUUCCAGUUGGAAUCGUUCGACCAUCAGCAGUUUAUGGAGCUUACAAUCACCCUGUGGAGGGCUGGUGUGGUUCAGCAUCCAGUGGUCAUUUGGGGUAUGUUGUAGCUCACAUGAAAGGGGCCACAAGAUGCCUGUACGGCGACAGAUCCACUGUCCUCUUUGCUAUUCCGUGCGACUUCUUCGUCAAUGGCACUCUUGUACUCACAUGUUAUGUUGGCACACGACCUAUUGAGCAACCCGAAGUGAUCCACAUGACAUCCAAUCACAAGGUCAAUAGACUCACACUGGCUGAUCUCAAUGACAUCAUGAACCAUGAAGUGGCCAAGAAUCCCUGCAAUUCCUAUCUGUGGCGUCCCCAUAGCAAAGUCCGAAAGGGUUGGCGCUAUGAACUCUUCAAUUUUGCCUACAUCCUCCUGGCCUUACUGAUUUACGUACCCGAGAAGAUCUUUCGCUUUGGACCUAGAUGGAUGAGUGGUUUCAAAAUUGUCCUCAUUUCCUACAAAGGGGCCAAAUAUUUUGCAAAUAUAGCCAACAAAAUAGAACGUAUUUCCAUUGACAAUGGUCAACGAAUAAUGAGACUCGUCAAUCCGGAAGAUAAACAGCGCUAUGCAGCAGACGUGGCUGAAGUCGACUGGCCAGAAGCAUUUGCCAGAAGUAUUCAAUGGGCAAGAACAUACUACUACAAGGAGACGGGAAAAAUCUCCCUGAGGCAUCAUGUUAUUUUCUACACCUGUAUCACCAUUGAGAUCUUCUUGUAUGCCAUAUUGUGGUAUCUCGUCUACGUGAGCUUCCUCACACUCACCAAUUGCCCCGAGAUCUCUGGUGCAAUAGGUGCAAUUAGUGUAUUUUUUGUCCAUUGGCUUUAGUGUUAAGUGUUAGUUUACCUAUAUGUUAUGCAGCAUGUUCAUUAACAAUUAUUUUAAGAUGGAAUAAAAAACAUUUCGAGAGGA